AAAAGGGACCCGUCACCGCCGGCUCUGUCCCUUCCGAAGGGGCUGGAAACGCCUCUUCCAGCUCGGGAGGGCUGUGCCAAGACGCUGCCCCGGCGUUCACGGCCUCGCCGGCGGCUGUGGAUGCGCCACCUGCCCCGUCACCGAACUCCGGGCCGCCGUUCCCAGUCGGCGGCGGCCGCAUGUUGCUGCCGGGGUCGCCCCAUGGCUGUGGGUCUGGAAUUGAAGCAGGAUAAAAGCGUUAUAACACUGAUCGAGAGUUGGGACUCCUGGUCCUGCUCAUUGGGGUGACGAAUCCUUGGAAAACCCCGGGAGCAUCCCUGUCUCCAGCCCCGCUCACCGGCCUUUCCCCUCCCUCUCUGCGCCUCCGCUUCCCGCUUCUCCCCCAUCUCCCUGCCCCGAACCCGGGCUUUGCUGUGCUUCAUCCAGGUUAUUUUGGAGGGGCUUUUCAGCUCCGGGGGCUGCAUCCCUGCCAAGAUCCGGCAGGUCCCGAGACCCCAGACCCUCCCGCCGGCCUCCUGCCAACGCCGGCCGGAGAAAGGCAGGACCAGAGCCCCGUGCGCGGCUCUGCCCGCCGAGUGCCGUGGAUGCGACCUGCUCGUCCCACCGAGCUGUGCCCGGCUCCCGCGGCCAAGCCGGGAACACGAGCCCUCCAGGGGUAAAGAAAUCCCCAAAAAUGGGGGCUGUGAAAGCACCGAUCCCGCUCACAGCUCAACCCUCCACCUCCUGACCGGCGCCUGCAUCCAGCCCCGGGUGGACGCCUCCGCUGGCAUUCGCCGCCAUGGACUGAGCCCGAGCCGCCUCCAGCCCUCCUCGUGCCAGCGGGACGCCGGCAGGACAUGGGCUGUGGCCCAGUGCCCUGACACCUCCAGCCCCCGGCGCCCCGGCCCCGCCAUGCUGACGAUAAAGCUGCCGCAGAUCUUCCGGGUCCACCAGGUGCCUCGGACCUUCUGGGAGGACGGGAUCAUGUCAGGGUACCGGCACCCCAAGAGCUCAGCCCUUGACUGCGUCCUCAGCUCCUUCCAGAUGACUAACGAGACAGUCAACAUCUGGACACACUUCCUGCCGGCCUGGUAUUUCGUGUGGCGCUUCCUGGUGCUCUCCUCCUCCCUGGAGCUGUGGUGGGACCCCUACCACUGGCCGCUGCUCAUCUACCUGCUGCUCGUCUGCCUCUACCCCUUCGCCUCCAGCUGCGCCCACACCUUCAGCUCCAUGUCGGCGCGCGCCCGCCACAUCUGCUACUUCUGCGACUACGGAGCCCUCAGCCUCUACAGCCUGGGCUGUGCUUUUGCCUACGGUGCCUACGCGAUGCCGGACCACUGGGUCAGCGGCGUUUGGCACCGUUACUUUGUCCCCGCGGCCGCUUUGAACUCCUUUGUCUGCACCGGCCUCUCCUGCUACUCCCGCUUCCCGGAGCUGGAGCGUCCCCGGCUGAGCAAGGUGCUGCGGACGGCGGCUUUCGUCUACCCCUUCCUCUACGACAACAUCCCGCUCUUCUGCCGGCUCCUCUUCUUCUUCUGGAGUAACCACCCCUGGAGCGAUGCCGUGGCCGGGUACUGCUACCACCUCCUCUUCGCGCUGCUCACCGGCUUCCUCUUCGCCUCCCACCUUCCUGAGCGCCUGGCGCCCGGCCGCUUCGACUACAUCGGCCACAGCCACCAGCUCUUCCACAUCUGCGCCGUGCUGGGCACCCACUUCCAGCUGGAGGCCAUCCUCUGCGACGCGCGCUCGCGCCGGGCCUGGCUGCGGGGCCACCUGCCCGUCCCGGGGCUCCCCGGCACCUUUGGCACCGCCGGACUGGCGUUUUUGGGCAACGCUGCCAUCAUCGGCGCCUUCACCGCCGCCUUGCCCCGGGCGCCCAGCAGCUCCGGCAGCCCCCCGAGCGUCCCCAGCGAGGCCGGGCGCUGGAGGGACCCGUGACACUGCGGGCGAGGGGCCGGGCUGCAGGGGCUGCGCACCCUCAGAGCUCUCCCCCCACGCAAGUGUGGGGAGAAGAGGGGCUCACACACCUGGGUCCUGCUGUGGGGUGUCACAAGGUGAGGCGUGUGAGUCCCC